AUCGAUCGGAUGCGCGCGCAGCUCCGCCAUCCUGGCUUCAGUACCGAGUGGUGGUUCCAGUCGAACACAAUAUUCGACAGAAAUGUACCAAACCCGUGCUAAGUGACUACAUAAAGACUUUUUGUUAGAUAAAGUGACGACCAACUCAAUAGGGGAUCAAAUAUAAGGCAAUCAUGUCGCCGCUGCUUGAUACGCUGCUGCGGUGGCGGCGCGAGGCGGGCCCCGAGACGGCGGACGAAAUAACUACGCCUACAUCGAAGAACAACACAAGUACAGAACCUCCGAUGCCGAUUACAUCGUCGACCGUGCCUCCGACACAGGAGAGCAUCGGUGAGAAGACGGCCGAGAUAGCCCGCAAGAUGAACAUAGAACCUUGGCAGCUGGUCGCCAUACUUGUCGGUGUGGGAGUGGUGGUCCUCGGAAUAUGCUUCUGCUGUAUCAGACGGUGUUUCCGCAAGCGACGCUCCAAGGAUGGCAAAAAGGGAAUGAAAGGUGUCGACCUAAAAUCCGUCCAGCUUCUCGGUUCCGCUUACAAGGAGAAGGUUCAGCCUGACAUGGAGGAGCUCACGGAGAAUGCGGAGGAACCGGAUGACGGCGACUCCAAGAAAGAGGAACAGAAGCUAGGAAAACUCCAGUACAAGCUGGAGUAUGAUUUUAACAGCAACAGUUUGUCUGUUACUGUUAUUCAAGCCGAAGAACUCCCUGCCCUAGACAUGGGCGGUACGUCUGACCCCUACGUUAAAGUUUACUUACUCCCUGACAAGAAGAAGAAGUUUGAAACGAAAGUUCAUCGGAAGACUUUAAGUCCCGUUUUCAACGAAACAUUUGUGUUCAAGAACGUGCCGUACGCUGAUGCGAUGAACAAGACUCUUGUGUUCGCCAUCUUUGACUUCGAUCGGUUCUCAAAACAUGACCAGAUCGGUGAGGUGAAGGUGCCGCUGUGCCAGGUCGACUUGGCACAGACUAUCGAGGAGUGGCGCGAGCUGCAGAGUGUUGAAGGCGAAGGGGGGCAGGACAACAAGUUGGGAGACAUUUGUUUCUCAUUGCGUUAUGUACCGACGGCCGGGAAACUGACAGUUGUCAUUUUGGAAGCUAAGAACUUGAAGAAAAUGGACGUGGGCGGUCUAUCAGAUCCGUACGUAAAGAUAGCACUCAUGCAAAAUGGCAAACGUCUCAAGAAGAAGAAAACGAGCAUCAAGAAAUGCACACUGAAUCCCUAUUACAACGAGUCAUUUACUUUUGAAGUACCAUUCGAACAGAUACAGAAAGUUAACCUAGUGAUCACCGUGGUGGACUACGAUCGCAUCGGCACGUCGGAGCCCAUCGGCAAGGUAGUGCUGGGCUACAACGCGUCAGGCACCGAGCUCCGCCACUGGUCCGACAUGCUGGCCAGCCCGAGGCGCCCCAUCGCGCAAUGGCACACACUCAAAGACCCCGAUGAUGGAGAGAAGAAGGAUUAAACGCUGAACUGAGUAUAAGAAGCAGAAAAACCAAACUGAAGUACGAGUGUGAAGAAUAAGCGACUUUAUAAUUAUUUAUUUUUAAUUUAGAAUAUUUGCUGUUUAGUUAUACGUUUUAAAAUAUUGUGUUGGAUCCAGUAUGUGUCCUCCUAGAACUUUAUCAUUACCAAGCGCUUGAUAAAUGUGAUUUAAAUGUUGUCUUUAAUCGUUCCCGAUUUAAAAUUUAAUACUUAAAUAUUUCGGUGAAAAUUGUAAGUAAUUCCAAAGAUUUAAAUGUUUUAAAACCUUACGUAAUUAUUUCGCUAAAUAGAAUGUUGCCUACAAAUUCUAUGCGAAAACUGUGCAUGGUCUAUCUGCGAUAAGUUUGCAUCUGUGCAGUUCCGACGCGAUUGGUUUUGGGUUGUCGCACGGAUAACGUAGUUUACAGACACAACAGUUUAUGUAGGUAGAUGACUUGAUUGCAUUAGCGACUGCAUCGACGCAAGUGUAUCGACUAGAAUUGUUCUGUCACCUCGUCUCGACUAUCUAAUACUCGUAUCUUGCUAAAUAAUAAGGAUGUUGGAUUAGCAAUAUGUAACUUGUUGUGAGGAGUGUAGGGAUUGUUGUUAGAAUUCCUUUGCUACUUCCAUGUUCUUAGCGUCUAAUAUUAAUUUACUGUAAUGUUCUCGCUAAUAAAUAAUCAGCUUCGUUUAUAUAAUAAGUGUGCUUUGUUAUCAAAAGCCGUUACUUGACGUAAAUGUAAUCGAAAAUAUAUUUCAUUUAAAACCCUAUUACAUGAAGCUGUGUAAAUAAGUUGUAUCCUGUUAAAUUUAUUACAUUCUAUUUUACUAUCAUAUAAGUGUUAUAGUAUUGAUACCCUUUUAUUAUAAUAAUAACAAUGUUCCUCAGCGGAAGAGAAUGUGCCGGCUACAUUAGUUUACGUUUAGAUAAUUUAAUUUGUUAUUAGACUACAAAAUAUAUUUUGUCGGGAUAACAUUAUUCUCUUCUUGUGAGGAACAAUAGGCCUAUUGUAUAGGUACCUAAUCAUUAUUAUUUUAAGACAUGACAUUCUUUAUAAAUUAAUUAUCUUCUGAAGUCCAGUGUCCAUCGAUUUAUCUGUAUGAGUUCGUUAGUCUUA